CACUAAUUGUCAUAACUCUAGGGCUCGUCCCCCUAUUUUCUCUAUUUUCUCAGCUUCUUAAUCAGAAAGAAACAAAAAAAAACUCCUGUAAAUCUCUUAAUUCGCUGAUUAUAAGAAAUCUUAGCUCAUCUGCGUUUCAAAUUUCAAUUAAUUAUCUGGUAGCAGAGGAGAUAAGAAUGAUGGGUGUAGAAAGAGGAGUUCACCCAGAUUGCAGGAAUGCAUCAAACCCAUACCAUGAAUGCGUUGAUUAUUGCUUCAGGGUGAUUGCCGAAGCCAAAGCUCGUUUCGCCGAAAGCAACACAGAGGUUAAAAGAGUUGGUGGGAGCCAAACCAAGCUCGAUCCAGCUGCUUCCGAUGAACGCGAAGAAUCAUACAAGGAAGUAGGAACGGGAAAGGAUGCUGACAGUGCUGAUGAACAUACUGCUGAAGCUAUUCCAGAAGUUGAUUUGUCUACACUUACUGGUAGACAGAAGAAGUUGUUUGAAUUAAGGCUUAAGAUGAAUGAAGCCAGAAAAGCCAAUCAAACAGCUAUGGUGGCGGAGAAAAAAAGAAUGGAAGCUCCUACUGAGUCUAGGGGUGUGUCCAAAGAAAAAUGGUUAGAAGAAAGGAAGAAAAAAGUUGGCAGACUUCUGGAAGCUAAUGGUUUGGACAUGACAAAGGCAUACAUGCUGGAUACCCAAGAUGCAGCAGAGAUGAAAUAUAAGAAAUGGGAGAAAGAUCCAGCUCCAGUUGGAUGGGAUGUUUUUAACCAAAAAUCAUUGUACAAUGCAUACAAGAAGCGGACAAAAAAUAUGGAGGUUGACCUUGAAGAAUACAACAAGUUGAAAGAACAGGAUCCUGAAUUCUAUCGAGAGGCUUCAAGCCUCCAAUAUGGGAAGGCGCCAAAGAUUUCUGAAGACAAGAUCGAUAGAAUGGUUAAGGAGCUCAAAGAUAGAGAUGAGAAGCGUACAUCAUUCAGUAGGAGGAGGAAGUUUCACGAAGAAAAGGAUAUUGACUCUAUCAAUGACCGUAAUGAACAUUUCAACAAGAAAAUCGAACGGGCAUUUGGUAAAUACACACUGGAGAUCAAGAACAAUCUGGAAAGGGGAACUGCAUUACCUGACUGAGCAGGUUCAUCUAAGUAACUAGGGUAAUGGACAAGUUGGUUGUGGACAAGAAGGGUAACAGCCUUCUCUUUGGAAGAGUCUCAUUUCUGAAGAAAUAAGAAUCUCGACAAGGGACCAGCGCUCUAUAUAUAUUUUGGCUUUUGUGUUGUACAAAUUGUGUUGGCAUGCAAGAAUAGGUAAAUACCUAUUUGAGUAAUUCUAUUUCUAAACUAUUUGCAUUCAUGCAU